UAUAUUUUACGUUUAAUAGACGGUGACAAAUUUGAGAACCAGCAAAAUCGCGCCCUCUGUAAACAACAAAACACGUGCAGAAUUUCGCUCCAACUGUCAAAUGAUGCAAAAUGCGUUUUACAGCAAAAUUUAAGAAGAAAACAUGUAAACAAUUAACAGAUGACAGAAAAGUAUUUGUGAAUCUCAAGAAAGAUCAUAACUUAAAGAAUCUACAGAAAAAGUGUCCAUUUAAAGAUUGCAAAUAUGCAAAAUAUUUGCCAAAAGAUAUUGACAUAAAACUCGACGACAGAUUCGAUUUGGUUGCGCUGUAUAACCCUACAACUGACAGAAAGCGUGAUAGAUUAAAACGUUUGCAGAUAAUAGCAAUAUUUAUAGUUAAAAGUGCAUAUGGCAGCACUCCGAUAUCAGACCUCGUUAACGUGAACAAAAGAGUUAAACGAGAAACGGAAAAAUGUAAGACUGAUACUUCUGACACAGAGGCGAUGCAGAUGCGUUGUAUUUGUAGAGAAUUUCAAAUAGUGAUUAAAAAGACUUUAAAAGAUCCAGCGUUACAGAAGAAAAACAGAGAGCCUGUCUCAAAAGAGUACGAUGAUAAUCAAAACAGCCUUAGAAUUCUAGAAAAAGAAGUUAAGACACAUACACAGAACAAAUGUUCAUCUAAUAGAGAAUGUGAAACACACCAAAGAAAAGAAUCUGAUUCCAUGAAGUUUUGCCAUGGUGACUUUAUGGACCUGGCCAGUCACACAGAAGCGGGUGAUCUCGGAUCUGGAAAGGUCCAGGACCAUGCAACAUAUACUAAGAAUGCAUUUGAACAUCAGCGUGUAUUAUUUAACGAUCAGACAACAAGGCUGAAAGAAAGACAUAUGCGAGUAAAUGACCAAAUCAAGAGAGGGAAUUGUGUUUAUAUAUCAGAGCAAUAUGAGACGGAUGAGUUAAAAGGAGCUACGGUAAAGUUUAAUAACUUUCCUGGUCGAAAUCACGAAAAAGUGCACGAAUUAGCAAGGAUAAAACUUUAUGAUCAAUUUAAAAAGGCAAAUGUGUAUGACAAGGAAGAAGUUCGGAAAGAAGUAAAAUUGUGUCAGAAUUCUAAGAAAACUGUUUUUGAUCAAACAACUGAAAAUCACCAUGAAGGGUCUGCAAUCGAAACUGAAAACCACCACCAAAGGGCUGCAAUGUCAACUGAUAAGAGUAAUCAAAAUUCUACUGUAAAGAAGCUGCAGAACAGGUCGUAUGUGAAAAAUGAUAAUAAAUUUUCAUGUAAAGAUUUUGGUAAAGUGUUGGAGAUUAGAAAUGAUCGCAGAUUUGGUGAAGUUAAUGAGAAACAUUGUAAAGCUAUCUCCCAACUUGUUACACAUAGAUUAAACAAUGACAUUUCCACCUUAAGUGUAUGUGUAUUCAUUCAAGACAACUUAAAUGAGAACAAUGAUGAUCUGGUUAACAUGAAGCUUGAAUUCACGAAUGAAUGUCUUAGUACAUAUUUCUACCCUGGGAAAAACAUUGUGACUAUUAAUGUUCAAAAAGAUUUGAAGAAGUUUCUACACAGGACAGUCUUUCAGAAAUCAUCGUCAGUUAAAGAUUUAUUUGGAGAAAGACAUUUAAGUAGUGAUGCUUUAAACACAAAAGCUGUUAUAAUGGUGUCGCAGCCCAUUUCAGCGUUGCUAAGACACAGAGACAUUUGUCUGCUUGAUACAUUACAUGUUAUUCUCGGGAUCGAUCGAGGCACGCUGUUGAUACUGAAAGCAUUAGGAAAAAGCUGAAAAUAUAACAGAAUACGUUCUGGAAGACGCAAAAAUGAGGAUUUAAAAGUGCUCCGGAAAAGUUAUGGAAGAAUAUUCCAGUGAUUGCUGGAAUCCGUCAAGAGUACCAUUUUAUUGAUGUUAAAAAAUACGGCGUGCUAUAUUGAUGCCAAAAGCUGGGAAAAUGUGUCUCUGUUUGUAUAUCUACAUCAAGUACAUUUACGAUGUACUGCAGUAUCUAUUAUGUAAAAUUGUAUGUAAUUUAACUUAAUUAUGUACUUAUGUCCUUAAUAAUAAAUGCACUUUAUUUCAUACAAAGUUUCCAAUAUAAGUCAUUUACCAAGAUUACUGAAUGAUGGACAAGCUAGUGUAUUUGUACGAAUUCCUUAAAAUAAAGACAUAA